GGUGGUUUGGUAGAGGGAGUGUUGUCGGCGCAAGGUCACUUUCUGUCGGCAUUCUCUCUGUACCCACCGAUGAUAUAUACUCUGCAUUCCCCUUAAUAUAUUCAAACAUUGAGAUGCUUCUCCGCUGCUAUUUUGCUUCCAACUGCUUAUAAGUCUUGACUUUGAUCAUCACCUGGGUUUCUCUACAACUUUGACCUCUUGGGUCUCUUCUAAUCUUGCAUUUGGGUCUUUUACCACAAACACUAGUGUUCGGUUCACCUUUCCAUUUGGGAAUGUGGGUGGGUGUCAUUCUUGUUGUCAUUGGCAAAUGAAGCUCCAGUUUUUAGACAUCUCGCUGGGUUUUUUCUUUGGAAGUACAGGUUCAAUGUCUGAUAAUUCCUUUUACAAAAGUACUAACCCCCAUAGUUGAAGCCGUUCCCAUACCAAAUGUCAGCGCCUCUUGCAGCAAUACUUGGAGGUGCUGCAGGAGCCGUGGCAUUGGUGGGGAUAAUUAUCAUACUUGUUGGGUUCUGUCUUCGCAAUAGGAGCGUUUCGAGAACUUCUGAGACAGGUUCUUCUGAUCCAUCUGUUCAAGUUGGAACACAUGGUGGGGUUGAGUUGUCAAUUCGAGAAACAAGGCGUUUUCAGAUGGAAGAAUUGUCUCUGGCCACAAAAAAUUUUAGUGAUAAAAAUUUGAUUGGGGAAGGAAAAUUUGGGGAGGUGUAUAUGGGUUUUCUUCAUGACGGAAUGCUUGUAGCCAUCAAAAAGCGACCUGGAUUGCCUAGUCAGGAGUUUACCAAUGAGGUAAACUAUCUGUCAGCUAUUCAGCACAGGAAUAUUGUUUCUCUCUUGGGCUACUGCCAGGAAAAUAAUCUGCAGUUUCUUGUGUAUGAGUAUAUUCAUAGUGGAAGUGUUUCCAGUCACUUAUAUGGCACUGGUCAGCAUGUUCGUGAAAAGCUAGAAUUCAAGAAUCGACUAUCAAUAGCUCUAGGGGCAGCUAAAGGCUUGGCUUACCUUCACUCUUUAAGUCCUCGUCUGGUGCAUAAGAACUUUAGAACAGCCAAUGUUCUUGUGGAUGAAAAUUUUAUUGCUAAGGUUGCAGAUGCAGGAAUUCGCAAUUUCUUGGGAAAAGAUAUGGCAGGCCCAUCUUCUCAAGUUAUUGCUGAUGAGAUAUUCCUCUCUCCAGAGGUAAGAGAAUUUAGAAGAUUUUCUGAAAAAAGUGAUGUAUAUAGCUUUGGAAUAUUCCUUUUGGAGUUGGUAAGUGGCAGAGAAGCAGCAAAAUUGACAUCUGCUGACACGAAUCAGGACAUUGUUGAAUGGGUGCAAAAUAUCCAAGACGUUGGCAAUAUUUCCAGCAUCAUCGAUGACAGAUUAGGGAAUAUCUUCACAGCUGAAGCUAUGGAAAAGUUGAUUCAGUUGAUAAUAAGAUGUGUAGAAGGUUCAAGUGAGAGGCGACCAACAAUGAGCCAUGUGGUAACGGAACUAGAAGGAAUACUUGAGAAAGAGAUGAGCUUGACAACAAUCAUGGGGGAAGGAACCUCGACUGUGAUCCCAGGAAGUCAGUUAUUCAGAGCAACAAAAUGAAGCCAUUCUGCGCAUCCAUCAGAACCAUUCAAGGGUGUGAUAUUUCAUAUUUGUGAUACUAUAUUUCUUUCCUUUUGUUUCAGAUAGAAAAAAAAGAAGAAAGAAAAGGAAAAUAACUUAUAUGUGAAUUCUUUUAUAUUUCUGUAACACGAGGGAAGAAGUGAUUCAGCUGUUUGAUAAGUGUAUAAAGAAGAGCUGCAUUAUUUCAAGGAUGUAUCUUGUUGUAAAACUAGUAUUGAUAUUAAAUUCAAGGAUGAUUAAUGGUUUGAGUUACAAUCUGGAACUGGCUAUAGUUGUU